GUGAAUGCAAGAGAUCUAAUCCCUAAUAAAAAAGAAUACACUUUCUCACUUCUUUCCAUAAAAGUCUAAUAGCUUCACCAACCAAAACACACACACAAAUUCACACUCUUAUCAGUCCACAACUCAAACAGAGUCAAACAAACAACACUAGAACUUGAUUCUAGAAUCAAAUCUCAUUGAUUCAGAUCCAAAGAAAAUGGAGAAUGGAUCUCAUCCUCAUCCCUACAUUCCAAAAGACAUGAUUCUUCCAAACUACGUUCCUUGUUUCCUCUCACAAUCAAAUAUUCUCUCUGUCUAUGCUUCCUUCACUCUCAUCCUCUUUUCUCUCACUUGGAUCUUCUCAGAACGUCUCAAGAAAACAAAAGUUGAUAGGAUCCUGAUUUUCUGGUGGGCCUUCACAGGCCUCACACACAUUAUUCUCGAGGGUUACUUCGUUUUUGCACCGGAGUUUUUCAAGGAUAAUACUGGCUUUUACCUUGCUGAAGUUUGGAAGGAGUAUAGCAAAGGGGAUUCAAGGUAUGCAGGAAGGGAUGCAGCGGUCGUCACUGUUGAAGGACUAACUGCAGUUUUGGAGGGUCCAGCUAGUCUUCUGGCAGUUUAUGCAAUAGCUACUGGGAAAUCAUACAGCUACAUACUUCAAUUUGCCAUUUCUUUGGGCCAACUCUAUGGAACUGCUGUAUAUUAUAUAACAGCGAUUUUGGAAGGCGAUAACUUUUCAACAAAUUCAUUUUACUACUACUCAUACUACAUCGGAGCAAACUUCUCUUGGAUCGUUAUACCCUCAAUCAUCUCCAUCCGCUGCUGGAAGAAGAUUAGUGCCGCGUUUCGAGUUCAAAGCCAGACGAAGAAGCCUAAACUUCGUUGAUGCAGCCUUUUCAGGUCUUAAAAACGAAGCAAUUUAGACUUUUAACUUUUGAGUCAUUCUUAUUCCUUAUAGUUCAAUUUCAUUACAAUCGACAAUCUAGAUUUCAAGCUCGUAAUUUUGGAUAUUUAAAGGAUUGGUAUUUACAUUUUUGUAAGUUGCCUGAUCUUGAUUCAACUGUCACCGAUAUAUUGAAUGCUUAUGGUUAAAGUUAUUGCCACAACAUGUCAUUUUCUAUA